AGCAAGACUAGCAGGCUUAACAACUUCCAGUGUGGAUUGCUGUAACAACCGCACUACCGCAGCAGCGUCAGUUAAAAUGAUUUCACAGGUUCUUACAUGGCGUAUCUCCAAAAACAAGAUGGCGUCCGUUACACGAAGAUUCAUUCUGGAAAAGAAACGUGCACUCGAGGCCAGCAACCAAAAAUGCCAGAAAUGUCUGGAGAUUGGUCAUUGGACUUAUCAGUGCACGAAUAAACGUAAAUAUUUGCACCGACCAUCUAGAACGAGUGUUAUGAAUAAAGACGAAAGAAACAAAGCUGAGCAUAGAAAGAAACAAGAUGAAAAUAAAGCAAGAAAAAGGAAACAAGCAGGCGCAUCUGAGAGUUCAAGUUCAACUUCUGAAGAUGAUUGUAGUGAGGAUAGCUCAAGCAGUUCAAAGGAAUCAGAUAGUUCUAGUGAUGAUGAUAUCUCAAGUGAAAGCAGUAGUGAUGAUAGUAGUGAUGUAACUGACUCUUCAUCAUCAUCAUCCUCUUCAAGUUCAGAAUCUGAUUCUGAUGACUCCUCAUCGGGUAAACCUUCACGAAAAAAGAAAAGGAAAGUGUAGUGCUUGAUAUACAACACUGA